AAUUAAUUCAACUAGUUCCAAUUCCCAAUUGUCCGUAACAACUAUGUCUGAGUCUGACGUGUCGGAAAACAGCGAGUCCACCAUCGAGCCUUUCGUGUUCGAACGUGUUCUAGAAUCGCUCAAGACUGCUGCUACCGAGACUCUUGAAUCCAAAGACUACCUCAGCUACUCAACCUUGCUCGAUAUCUACCUCGGUGAACCUGCCAAGUAUACCUACGACGAAAGAGAAGAGUUACUCUCUGCGUUGCUUUCGAUUCUUUCUGCAAACCCGGGUCUCACUUACGAGAUCGGCUGGGACCUUCCUGGCCUUUUGAUUCUCUACGUAGACUCAGACUUUGACUUCACUGGUGGGCUCAGAAAAGCUCCAUGUGUCUACAAGAUCUUGAAGAUCUUUGAAGUUCUUGCCAUCAAUGGCAAUCCCAAAGAAUUGUUCUUGAAAAGCUGUGAACUCUUGACGACGAUCUCUGCCGAUGACUCACAAGUAACAGAUGACUCUAGCAUCAAAGAGAAGUUCUUUGACGUCAAAUUGUAUUGUAUCUUUGAAUUGGUCGACUCGUGUUUCAAGAGAAUCAAGACAUACUACCCAUCUCGGUUUCUCGCCAUGACUGUUGCCUCGUUUAUAAAUCUUGCCCAUAAAAAUGGCAACGACUCUCCCAACAACAUCAGCUUCAUCAUGAAGAGAGCCUAUACUUUUGCCAGAAACUAUUCAUCACCUCCUCUUCCCGACCUGGACGGGGACAAAAUGUCUCCCGAAGACUUGUCCAAAAUCAAAGAGGACGAAGAGUACUUGCAACGGAAGCUUUUGACUGGGUUCAUUUCGCAGCUCAUUCAACUAAUGAGCAACGACAAUUUGAAUGGCUACACAUUGGACCAUUUGAGCUUCCUUCAAGUGCCUCACAGGGGACAGUUGAAGAAGUACUUUGAAUACUCAGUAAACUUGCCAGUAAUGGACCGGUUGGCAGAACUAGCUCUUUCGUACGACAUCAACUUGACUCAACACUUCAAGCUGAUGGUGGCUGACUCGCACACGCUUUUACGUAGCUUUGACUAUUCUAUAGACCGCGACGAGUUGAGUGCCCAGAUCUUCGAGAAGGUCGUUGUAGACUAUCAGAAGACUUUGGCAAUGUCCAUCAUCAACAGCGACGCCAAAGAAAUUAGAGACUCUCCACUCGGAAUCUUCUUGUUAUAUACCCAUGCCAUAAGUGUGCGGAGAACUUUCGAUUUGAUCAAGGUCUCGUUCAGCGAUGCGGUUGUGUUGACAUUGCGAGUGCUUGUCCCAGAACUUGUCCAGUCCACUUUUGUUUUCAAGGGUGUAGAAGAUGCUACUAUCUUUUGGACGUGGUAUGCCUUGUACCAGACAUCUUUGAACAACAAGAGUGUAGAGACUGAGAUUGCUGCCAUUUCGCCAGUUUUAUUGACCAUAUAUUACCAAGUUAUUUUCUUCGUCGUCAUUACCAAUUCUAACCGUCCCAACUUCAAGUACGCCGUGCUAACGUUGUUGACAAGAGUCUUGGCUUUGUCUCCCGAAGAUUUAAGCUACGACUUUGUCAAGGACUCUCUUCAUAAUUGUCCUUACGAACUGGAAAAGCCGAUUAUGAUUGGUGUGUUGAAGGAGUUGCUUACAAAGGAUAAGAGCAGCAGUACUUCAGAUGUCACUGAAGCAUUGGCAAAUUCCGAGGAUUCUAAAGUACCUUUGCCUCCUACUUUACCACCAAGAGCAUCUUCAGCAAGCUCGAGGUACUUCACUUUAACUAAAGCAAGACUUGAAGAUAUUCUUGCACUUGUUCAAGAAGCAGUAGAUUCUGCCUUUGUAACCCACGAGUCGACUGUGGCCAUAGAUCCUUCCAAAUUGUCAACUUUAUCAGCUUAUUUAAAUCUUUUGGUGAUCAUUAAGAAGGACCCAGUCGUGUUGCAAGACAAGAAGGCUCUCGACAAAGUAGUAGAGAGCGCAGAAGAAAAUAUUGCUGCAGUCAAGGAAAAGCACAAGAAGUAUCCCAAUUCUAACAAGUUUGAGUUGAAUGCAGCAGGAAUUUUGGAGAUAACCAUCGACAGAAUCAAAUCGUGAUAGUAUGAGCUAAAUCAUCAAACAGGCAUUACAUCGAAUUGCCUCUUCUUAUUAUUUAGUAUCUUGUAUCUAGUUACCUCAUGAUGUCUGAUGAACCAUUGGCUCUUCUUGUGUUGUGCUAAUCUACUUGGUUAAUACUGUCGCUACUGUAUUUCCAUGAAUUUUUUUUUUGUUACUAAUAGUUCUUCUUGUUGAUGUUCUUAAUAUUAUUAUUACCUUCCAUGUCUAGUCUAUGUACGAAUAUACGAAAUGUUGGCUACUAUUUCUUUCCUUUUGCAGAGCUCUUCUUUCCCGAGGAGCCAGUAGUCAUGUUCCUGUCAUCAACCAAUGGGCCCCAGUAGACGAAAUAGCCUUCUUUAGUUGUAGUGAUUUCCUCUUCCAUCUGUAACUCUUCAUCAUCAAUAAACGGGUCCUGGUAAUCAUACUUUCCAACUUUUCUGUUCAUCCGUGUCUGAUGCUGACGUACAAGUUGUUCCUCUGUCAACUCUUCGCCUUCCUUCUUCUUUUUAGAAGGCGCUGGAGCCGGAGCCACGGAGCCUGAUUUCUCAUCAUCCACUAUCACUUCGUCAUCGUCGUCAUCAUCGUCAUCAUCGUCAUCUAUCAUAUCUUCCAUUAUGUCAAUGGCAGAUUUGGCAUUGGGAUGAAUGGCAGUCCAGCCAUAUUUUUCCUCAGCCAAACGUAACACAUUCACCACGACUUCAGAUUGUCCAGGCUUGGGAUUCUUGGGAUCUAUAAGAGGUAUACUCAAGGCUAUUAUGGGUGGGGGGAGAAGCUUCUCCUUCUCGUGCUCUUUCUCUCUCUCUUUUACGUCUUUAUCAGAUUUUGAAUCCUUUUCUUUAUCCUUUUCUUUCUUUGUCUCUUCUUCUUUGGACAACCCAAUCACAGAUGGAGGUUCAAGAGUGAUGUCUGAAACAGACAAGUUAGAUCUCUCUGUGGUAAUUCCAGGAUGAAUGGCUAUUUUAACCGGUGCUACUGGAGUCAGAGUUGAAACUUCCGGAGUC